AUGUCUAGUUUGCAUAGAUCACAUGGUGACUAUGUCACGAGGAGUUUUGUGUUUCCUAACUCAAAGAUAGACGACCUCAAAGCCAAGAUCACUAGCAUGACCAUGGAAACUGGAGAACAUAUCAUGAACCUUACACGAGUUGAAGCUUUAACAUGGCUAAUUCAUAAGUGCGCAGUGGCAGCAGCUUGCAAAACUAACUCAGGUAUCUUCAAGCCAACAGGCGUGGGCCAUUCAAUGAACAUGAGAGAUAAAUUGGUCGAGCCGCUGCCUGAAACAAGCGUAGGAAAUUUUUAUCUUUUGAUGGAAUUUCCAACAAUGAGUGAAAGUGAACUAACGCCAAAUAAAAUCAUUGGUGAACUCAGGAAAAGAAAGAAGGAAUUUCAAAGUAUAAGAAAUACAGAAACUGCACUAGAUAUAGUUGAGGAGAUGUGUUCUGAUCACAAUGCUAGGCUUGAGAUAUCAAAAAGACUUGAUGACUAUUACAUCUAUACUGCCAUACACAGGUUUCCUACAUACGGGAUUAAUUUCGGUUGGGGAAAGCCUAUAAAAGUAACUAUUGGUGGGGUUAAUUUAAAGAAUGUUAUUAUUAUGAUGGAUACUCCCAAUGGGGAUGGCAUCGAGGCACUCUUAUCUUUGGGAAAACAAGACAUGAAGAUAAUCCAAAAUGACCCUGAACUGUUAGCCUUUUCAAAAGAAUGCAAUGCUAGAAUAAAUGUCACUAAUGCAAUCUAA